UCAGAUCAACAUUUUGAUUGGUUGAUUGAUUUAAAUAAUUUAUGUGAACCUUGGUCAUAAAAUAUAAUUUAUGCAUUAUUCCGAAGUCAUAAUGGCGGAAAGUAUGCCUACACCAACAAAGAUUUCUUCUAGAAAUCCGGUUUGCAGACUCUGCGGUGAUUCUCGCGAGAGUCGUCAUAUGCUUCGAAUAUUUAGCAAAGCUGGUUCAUCAAAAGAUCUGUGUGCAAAAGUCCAUAAAACCUGUGGUAUAACUAUUUUUGAGGACGAUACGAGAUCAAAGAUCGCAUGUCGGAGUUGCGUUACAUUCGUAAACAAGAUGGAACAGUUUAUUCAGAGAGCUCAAUCCAUGGACAAUAUGUCGUCCGAUCAAAGUUCUGAAUAUGCUGUAAAGAGAUGUGUACAACUUUCACCUUCUUCGCUUCAGCCGUCGAAACGUGUAUCAAAGAAUUUGCCAUGCGAAAGCUCAUGCGUCACCUCAGCAGAUGAGCUGUCGAAGCGAAUCACACCAAAAAAAUCUGCAAAGCAGCUUUCCUUCUCAACUCCCCAAGUUGCGACUGUUUUAACGCCUAUAUCAUCAGGAGAUAGCUUCAAAAUAACUUCUAUUGAUCAGGCGAAGCGAACAACAUCAAUUUUUGCAAAACAGCCGUCUUUCUCAACUCCCCAAGAUGCUAGUGUUAUUGCCACGUCUACAGGACAUGAUUGUGCAGCCACUUCGGUGGAUCAGUCGUCGAGGCUAACAACACCAAGGUCUGAAGGGCAGCCAUUUUUUUUAACUCGGCAAUCUGUUCUAAGGCCUAAAUCAAUAGGAGAUAAUGAUUGCACCUCAUUAGAAGCUCAAUCGUUAUUGACUGAAAGACAGCAGAAAAUGAUUCUACAAGCUGUCAGUAACAGGGAUGCAACUGUGUUGACGGCUAUCUUGAAAGAUUACUGUCCAAGUGUUGUGGACGAGUUAAAAAAGACCAGCAGUGAGGAGUUGAAAACGUCGUGUGCAAAGCUGUGCAAACGUUCGCAAGGUUCCGUUUUAUAUGGAAAUGAAUUUGAGAGCAUGAACAGUUUCGAUUUCAAUAAAAUUUGGGUCGAAUUGAAGACGAACCACCCUUAUCUUGUCGAGAUUAUGAACGCAGUGUCUGGCAAAGAGAAGUCCGUCUCAGACACAAAGCGUGAGCUUCAAGUAAAGUACAGUUUUCUGUACUCGAUCCUCAUGAACGAGAGAUGGCACGAACUCAACCUGGUGAAACGUGUGAAUACAGUUCUCAUCAAUGAAGGUGGAUGUACCAAAAAGCUUCAAGAACGACUGAACAAACUUGGUGUGUGCCUAUCAUCUGGGAGAAGGGACACCCUGCUGAAGCUCUUAGGGGGUCAUUUUUCAGACAAAGUGGUUCAGCAAGUAAAGAGAGGUAGUGUGUUCCGAGGCACUGGUGACAACUGGGACCUGAAAAUUUUGAAAGGGCACAUGAGAAAGGAAAUUCAGAAUGAGGAUCUACACUUAUUUGCCAGUAACUUGAUUGAGAACCGAAUUAACUUCAAUCACUUGCCUAAUGACAACCCUAAAGGAAACAUCAAAGAUUUCCCUCGAUAUAAUUUUUCCUUGAAUGUUCCUGAAUGGAAACGUUAUGCAGAAUGUGCCACAAUUAUUUUUGGUAGAAUUGUUCUUGAGUUUUUUCCCAAAUUUAAGUUUUUGAAAUCUGUUAUACCAGAUCACAUUCCUCAUGAGUACAGCCAGCAAAUGUCACAGAAGUCUACCAUAGUAAGUUUGCCAAUCAUCAAUGCAAAUGAAGCAAAGUAUGAUGAUUGUGUUCACAUAUUAAGAACUUAUGAAAAGUGGAUUGCUGAAAUCUAUGUUCAAGCAGGGUUGCUAGAUGAACUGCCACACACUGACAAUCCACUGAUUCCCGACGGGCCUGCAGCAUCUGGACAGACAAAUGCGCACCAACCAGACACCCAUGAUGAUGCAAUGAGGGAGAUGAAGAUUACAUUUGCAGGNCAAACGCAACAAAGAAGAUCUGGUAUCGUGGAAACUGCGCUCAUAACAACGCGUCACAGGUAA